UCGAACAACGUAGAAAGACACUGAACACUAGCAACUUCAGUUCCGUACAGAAAUGGCUCUUCAGGCUGCAUCCUCUCUUCUUCCUUCUACCGUCUCAAUCCGCAAAGAGGGCUAUAAGUUCAAUGCUUAUCUAAAGGAGACGACUUUAACUGGUUUUUCAUUUUCAAACCAUCUUAAAGCCGAAAAGAUCUCCAACCUGUUAACCAUCAAGAGAAGACAAAGUCCACGUUUUUCCACCGUUAUUCGCGCACAGACCGUCACAGCAACGCCUCCAUCUAACGAAGCCUCGCCGGAGCAAAAGAAGACACAGAGAAAAGGCACAGCAGUGAUCACCGGAGCUUCCUCUGGUCUAGGUUUAGCCACGGCGAAGGCUUUAGCAGACACGGGGAAAUGGCACGUGAUCAUGGCUUGCAGGAACUUUCUCAAGGCCGAGAAAGCUGCGAAAUCCGUAGGGAUGUCCAAGGAAGACUACACGGUGAUGCAUCUCGAUCUCGCCUCGCUCGAAAGCGUGAAACAGUUUGUUGAUAGUUUCAGGAGAACAGAACGGCCGUUAGAUGUUCUUGUUUGCAACGCAGCGGUUUACCAGCCGACUGCUAAGGAACCUUCUUUCACAGCCGAAGGGUUUGAGCUCAGCGUUGGAACCAACCAUUUAGGACAUUUUCUUCUGUCGAGAUUGCUUCUUGAUGACUUGAAACAAUCUGAUUAUCCUUCAAAACGUAUGAUCAUCGUAGGAUCUAUAACAGGAAACACAAACACUUUGGCUGGGAAUGUACCGCCGAAGGCGAACCUCGGAGACCUAAGAGGCUUAGCAUCGGGACUGAACGGGCAAAACAGUUCGAUGAUAGAUGGAGGAGAGUAUGACGGAGCCAAAGCAUACAAAGACAGCAAAGUAUGCAAUAUGCUGACAAUGCAGGAGCUUCACAGGCGUUACCACGAGGAAACAGGUGUCACGUUUGCUUCUCUUUACCCUGGUUGCAUCGCUACGACAGGGUUGUUCAGAGAGCACGUACCUCUGUUCAGGCUUCUCUUUCCGCCUUUUCAGAAGUAUAUCACCAAAGGUUACGUAUCUGAAGAGGAAGCUGGGAAAAGACUUGCACAGGUUGUGAGUGAUCCGAGUUUGGGAAAGUCAGGGGUGUAUUGGAGCUGGAAUAAUAACUCGUCUUCCUUUGAGAAUCAGCUUUCAAAAGAAGCAAGUGAUGCAGAGAAGGCAAAGAAACUGUGGGAGGUUAGCGAGAAGCUUGUUGGCUUGGCUUGAUGCAAAUGCAUUUUUUUGAUUAUGUAUAUGUACCUAUGAAAAUAGAAGUCAUUUACCAAACUCAUAAACUGUAAUACUUUUCCCCACCAUUUACUAGUUUCUACCAUGAUCAA